ACACGCAAACGCAGGAGGCGUUCAGCGAGGUUACCGCUUCUCAGUAGAGCUCGGACCGCGGCUCCCGAAAAUCACCGUGAGGAACGUCUGAGGUUGUCGCACUGAAGGUACGGAAAAAAGCCAAAGAAAAAAAAAACAAGCGAGGCAACCGAGCAAUAAAAAUGUCUGAAUCCAAGUACCGCGAGUGGAUCCUGGACACUAUCGACUCGCUGCGGUCUCGAAAAGCCCGGCCGGACUUGGAGAGAAUCUGCCGAAUGGUCCGGAGACGACACGGGUCCGAGCCCGACCGAACCUGCGCAGAACUGGAGAAACUGAUCCAAGAGCAAACCGUGCUGAAAGUUAACUACAAGGGCUCCAUCUCGUACCGAAACGCCGCCAAGGUUCAGCGGAGGAGCAGAAAAAAGGACGAUGUGUCGUUAACGACGGCUGCGAGAAGGAGCGCGGUGGAAGAAGCCAGUCAUUCCGACUUGAGCAACGGGGAUAGCGCUUUCGGUGCCAUUGACCAGGACGAGGAGGAUUUGGAGGCUGACACCUCCAUGGCUAUGGACACAGACAGCAAUGCUGAUGAGGAGGGGGCAGAUGAGAGCCGUGACGGUCAGGACAGACCCUCGCCGAGCCGCACUCAUGAGGACGCUGCCGUGCAUUGUGCCCCCGUGCGAGCAGCCUCUGCCCCCUGCUCCCCCUCUGGCGCUCGGCCCGGCCCCGGCGCCGGCCCCGGCUGCAGCCCAGGCUCAGGGCUGGACUGUGCCUCUCUCCAGAAGGCUGGUGAGAGGCCCAACUCCUUACCCUCCUCCAGCCCCAGGGCCCUCGCACACAAUGACUGGGCUUAUGAUCCUGCUCCCUGCCCAGCAGAGCGCCAGCACCCAGGAAUGCAGAGAGACAAAGCAGUAGCCACAAAGCCAGCAGUCCACUCUGAAAGUACCAGCCUCUGUGCUUUAAACAACGUAAAGAAAGAAGAUGGAGGCAAGGCGGAGGACAGAAGCCUCUCGUCCGACCAGCUGGUACCAGACUAUGCAGCACGACUGCAGGAUGAGACCAAGAGUCUAUCUGAUGGAAGAUCACAAACGCUGUCUUCGCCAUCUGACAACUGCACAUUUAAGAAGAUAGACAUAUCAUCCUUCACGGCGACUGAAGACAAUCUUCUGAAUGGUGGAAAAGGUGAUGAAGUCUCGGUGAAGAAGGAGACGGUGAGCCAGAACCUGUUGCAGUGGACUGUGGCAGAUGUGGCCAGUUACUUCUCAGCUGCAGGAUUCCCAGAGCAGGCUGUGGCAUUCAGAACACAGGAAAUCGAUGGGAAGUCCCUUCUCCUGAUGCAGCGCAGCGACGUGUUGACCGGCUUGUCGAUCCGACUCGGCCCUGCCCUCAAAAUCUACGAGCGCCACGUCAAAGUGCUGCAGAGGACCCACUUCCUGGAAUACGAGGACCUCUGAAUUCCAGACAAUGCUGCAUUGACUCAAACGUGCAUGCAGUUCUCUCUCUCCCAUCCGGAUCCUACCACCGACCUCCUAAUAUCUAGAGGGUGUGUGGAGGAGAGGCGGGUGGGUGGGAGGGGAGGCUGUGGUGGAAUUCACAUUCACUGUGAGAAUGACCAGAAACUGAAAGACAGUCGUCCUACCUCUCAUCGUGGUCUUUGCUUUUCAAAAGAUUUUCAUUUCACCCAUGCGGGCCCAUCGUUGGGGGGGGGGGAGGACAGCUACAUUCGGAGUAUGUUUUAUGUUGGGUGAUGCAGCCACUGAAGAGGACCAAGGGGACCACCUAUGGGCGAAUGUACCCACACGGACUGCGUAGUGCCGUGGCUACAGAGUUGUCAUAGGUUUGGGCGUCCUCCGUGUAUCCGUUAUGGUACCUUCUGUUAGUCCACAAACUAUUUGUACGUCACAGAUAAACAGAAAGCACAUCUAUUGUGCGUCUUCCUUUUCUCGUAUGAUGAGUCGAUUUAGAUGUAAUCGAAGUGCUGGGGAAGUCAGACUGUCUACGCAUCUGCAUCAAAAGAGUCUGAUUCCUGACUUAUCGUGCCACCAAAAGCUGCUGUUUUGGAUUAUGUCUUCAGCGUCUUUCCAAUGCUGAGAUGUAACCAAUAUAUACUACUACCUGAUGGUCUGUUUUUUGUUUGUUUUUUAUUCUGUCUUAACUUUAAUAAAGGAUUGUGGUCCAAUAACACAGUUACAUUUUUGGGAACAAUUGCAGAUCGGCGUGACCAGGAAACACGCAGUCUGAUGAAAUCUGCUUUUAUACACAGGCAAAGUAAAGUAAUGAGCUUGUAAGAAAUGUUAUUGUAAUACUGAUUAUAUUGUUCCAAAUUCAGUACAGUUGCUCGGCGUCUGUUCACAGAGCAGAUAUCUUGAUGAAAUGCAAUAUUUUAUGUUGUCAUCCGUUUAUAAUUUGUCUGGUCUCGCUUUGUGUUUCGAUCUAAGCCAGCCACUUGAAUUGUAACAUUCCAUACGAUGUAGUCUUCAUCUCAAGUGUAUCGCCUCCUCUCUUUAUCUGUAACACGGACACUUCUUCCACAGUUGCAAAUAAAGCUCAUGUCUCUGUUCA